CUGAUGCAAAUCCCAGGACCACAACUGCAAAGUAGACUGAAUCAAAGCAAUGCUCCUGCUGCAAAUCUCAGCUAAACUACUACUGCGACUACAACUGUGCAGAGAAUCCACGAACCACUGCAAUAAAAUUCAAGAAAACAAACAGUAUUUUGCUUUGAAAAUUUAAUUUAAAGAUUUAAAGUUUUGGAGUGAAACCUAACAAGUGGACAUUUAUUUAUUUUACUUUUUCCCCUCAUUGGAAUCGUUGUGACCUGCGCUCAGUUUUUCGUUUAUUCCCGUAUGAAGUUACUAACACUAGUUAUUUUGUUCUGUAAAGACACACAUUCUGAAGACUAAAAUAGUUGCAGCUAACUAUACACCACAGAAGAAUUGAUAACCUUUUUGUGAAACUGCACAAAAAGGGUUUCAUUAGUCACCAAUGAUGCUGAAAUUUCGUAACUCGGAUUUAUGGAUUGCUUGGAUGGUAUUAUUUUGUGUAGAAGGCUACGUGAAAUCAUUAGAAGUGACAGUGAGUCAAAGCAGUGUGCAGGUGGCCAGAGGUCAGACUGCCACAUUGCCGUGUACCUUCACCACUAGCGCAGCACUCAACAACCUGAACAUCAUCUGGAUGGUGACACCUCUCUCCAAUGCCAAUCAACCAGAACAGGUGAUCCUGUACCAGGGUGGACAAGUGUUUAACGCAGCUGUCCAGUUUAAUGGGCGAGUCGGAUUUGUUUUGAUGAUGCCCAGCACAAGUGCCUCAAUCUUCAUCAACAACACUCAGCUGUCGGACACUGGGACGUACCAGUGCCUGGUUAACAACAUGCCGGACAGAGGGAGCAGGAAUAUUGGGGUUAUCGGACUCACUGUACUUGUACCACCUUCCAUCCCCUCCUGCAGGAUUCAGGGGACUCUGGAUAUCGGCAGUGACGUCAUGUUGGCGUGUAACUCUGACGAAGGCAUCCCCACGCCCACCUACGCCUGGGAGAAGUUGGACUCUGUACCCAAACUGCCAGCGACGGCGAUGCAAGAUCAGAUGCAGGGGACGGUGAUGCUGCGCAAUAUCAGCACUGCCUCCUCCGGCCUGUACCAGUGCACGGCUUCCAAUGCCAUUGGGAAGAGUACCUGCCUCCUGAACAUGCAGGUCAUUGCGCCCCAGCCUCAGAGCGUGGGGAUAAUCGCCGGUACGAUCGCCACAGGAGUCCUCGCGGUCAUCAUCUGUCUCCUCCUGGUUGUUGUUGUUUUCUUCUACUGGAAAAACAGAAACAAAUAUGAGGAAGACGAAAUCCCCAAUGAGAUCAGGGAAGAUGACCUGCCCCCGAAGAGGUCUCCUUCUGUCAAAGCAUUCCAUGCCGAUGCCUCCUCUUCAGAAAACGACACCUUGACGUCCACAAACACAUACAACAGUCGCUACUGGCACAAUCCCAAACCCAGCUACGACACCAACUCCUACACACGCUAUAACGGAGACACACAUAAGACCUUCUCCAGCCACACGGGGGCCUCACCUGCCCGGCCCGCCUACGCCAAUGGCAGCCAUACAGUUCCGUCACCCAAGACUCUCGUGGUCACCACAAACUCCGCCCCCUCUCCACAGGCCGCCGUCCGGGGGAACGGCUCAAUAACCUUGAAGCCCCAGCCACAACACAAGCAGCACACGCAUUCUUAUGCUGUCAGCCAGGCCACGCUAGAGAGAAUGGGUGCUGUGCCCGUCAUGGUACCAGCGCAGAGCAGAGCAGGAUCUUUAGUAUAAACUUUAAGAAAUUGCAAAUGGAUUUUAUCAUAGAGUUCAUCUAAUGCCAACUUUCCAAAUGUACUACUGUGACUACAGCAUGUGGCUUUUUUUUUUUUUUUUAAAUACUAUGAAAACGUAUGUAAGACACGGGGGGGGGGGGGGAAGGUGCAUUAAUUACACUGUUACUGCACAUGCAGUUACUGUAUGCAAUUAGAGACAAUGGUUUUGCUUGUUCUAUUACAUUACAUAGAGUUUUGUAGUUAAGACUUAGUAACAGUGUGAAUUAUGGCACUAAAACAGUGUUACACUAUUUUGAAGCAGCCUUUUAAACAAGUUACAGACGUUUUAAAAUAACAACAAAAAUAUUUACAAGAUGAAAAUAAAAAGUUACAGUAGCUAUGGACUAACACCAGAAAGUGGUACUCUGUUUGCAGUGUAAAUAAAAGCAUACUUUGCAUGUUGUAAUGUCAAAAAAGCAAUUGCAGCAAACAUGAAUAAAGGUUGGAGGUUAACCAUACAUAAAUGUAAUGGUUACCAUUGGUUAGUGGUACUGAAAAGUGCCAUACAUUUCAAUGAAUCCCUCAGUAUUUCAGUGAGUUGUAUAACAAUGGAAAUCGUUGCUACAGUUCAGGUUUUUCAAGCAGAAGGGGUUCAUGAAAAUUGUUUAUGUCACCACUGGAUGAAUGUUUUCUUAUUUUACUAGUUUAUGUUUGUAAAUGUAACAUUUAAAUAUAUUGCAGAGCUUUAGCAAUGGAAAAAAAACAACUGAAGUUUAUCAGUAUUAAAUACAAAUUAAAAAGUUAACUUUUCAAAUCAAUGCAAAAACAUCAAUCCUUAUUACGAAUAUAUUAAGGUCUCAGAAAAAUAUGAGACUAAUUUCCAGUUUUGAUUACAAUUUCUUUGUAAAGUGGGGCUAGUCCUUGUGUCUUAAUUCUAAAAGGAUUUUUAUUUCUAAGGGAGAAACAUUUGGAAGUUUCUCUGAAGACAUGGUGUUCUUAUAUUUUAGUAAAUAGGUAACUUGAAAGUUAACCAAAAGUUGCUAGUGCCAGUUACUGUGCUGCCACAGAACUGAAAGAGAUGAAAAGGGUCUCUGAAUUUAUUUCUUUGUUUAAAAAUGGAGUCCGCGCCAUUAUUUUUGUAUAUCCUCUGUUUGAAGUUUUUUUUUUUUUACUUUUGAAUGUCUUAAGAGGAGAAGACAGAACUAUGGCAGUAACAUGUGUUCUGAGAUUUAAUAAUACAACAUUGAGAACAACUAUAUAUUUUUUGUUUCAUAAAAUGCAUAAGAUAUAGGGUAUAAUUUGGUAAUGUUUUUUUCAAAGUGUUAAUUACAAAACUCUGCCAAAAAUUGCCUGUGUUUUCACUUUAAUUUGUUUAACCUCAUUGAGUUGGCCUGGGUUAAAUUUGGACAAACUCUUGCUGUCACUGACAACCACAAGCCAAGCAAAGCAAGCAGCUCCAUUUUAUAUACUGACACAGUCAAUGCUGAAAUUCACCAAAACAGUAGUUUAUUAUUCUUUAUAUCGUCUGUAAUAAAGAAAGAACAGGUCUGGUGUGUUGCUUAUUAUUUCAUUAUAUACAAUUGGAGGACAUGUGAUUGCUAGAAUGCUCAUUUUGAUGCUUAUCAGUUAGGAUUGAGAGCUUGUAAGGACUCCGCUAAUUUUAAGAUUUAUUUUAACUAAAAUAUCCCCCAUAAAAGCUAAUAAAAAAGAUGACUCAUGCAGUUCAGUUUUUUUCUACUAAUGCAAAUUCAGUGCUUCUAAAAGUUUUCAUUGGUCUUGUCUUAAACUAAUUUAUAAUGAACAGCCCUACAUGUCACAAUGCUCAAUUUAUGUAGUACAACUUUGUCAUGAUAAUUGAUUAAUUGUACUCGCUAAAAAAAAUAGGUUAAACCUUUUAUGUUGUAUAAUAUAUAUAUAUCUUUUUAAGGCAGCUAUCAAGAAUGUGUAAAAUCUGAUGAGUGUGACCUUUACUAACUAAAAUAGAAUAUCACAGCUAAGGCCAGUGCUUUCUUAAAAUUAAUCUGCCUUUCGUUUUUUUUUUUUUUUGUCAUCCAAAAUCUUGUAUUUCCAUAACACUGUCAUGUAGUCACAUAAACUGUUAUGCACAUAUACAAUCAAGGAAAUAGGAUUGCCGUUUAGCGCUUACAAGCCAUGGGAUUGAUAACGACUAAAAAAAACACAAAUACCACAUUUGCUGAUCGUCAUGUUUUGAAAACAUGAUUCUAAAGUGAAUGGCAGUCACACUGAUUCAGUGCGCAUUGAUCGCAUAUUAUUUUGCUAGUGUGGAUAGGGUAUUAUUUAUCCUUGAAUGGAGGCUGAUUCACUGCCCCAGCCUUAGCAUGAAACUAUGUAUGUGUUAAUUUCUUUUAAUGCUUAAAGUUUUUUUUUAAUGGAACUGUAUAUUCCUGCUGAUGAAUCCUGCCUAUGACUGGCCAUUUAGCUGACGGAUAUGAUUGAAAUGUUAAGUUUUGAUAAGAGUCCAUAUUUACAGCUUAAUUUAAGCAUUUGUAUCUUUUGCUUGAAAGAGACAGGCAGGUAACGGCCAGUACUUUCUUUAAAAGCUCUUUCCUUUUACCUAGGACUUCUGUGUCUUCAAACUCAGUUCAGACGGGUUUAACUGGAUUGAAGUGGCAUCACUGGGUUAGCAACAAUGCCCAUUACUGUAGUGGGCAUCGCCUGCAGGAUAAUUUACCACAGUCGAAGGCACUUUACAAAAUAAUAAGAGAGUCUGCAAUUUCACUUUUCAACACAAAAAUAAACUGAAAGGGCUCAAUUUGAAUCGGAUAAAUGUGUCAGUAUUUCAGUUCAAUAUAGUCCACGAUCAGUUAUCUACAUUAUUUAAUGUGGUUUUUUUUUUUAGUUUGUUUUUUGUUUUUGGAUCACAUUAAAGUGCUUGAAACCGAGACUCUGCUAAAGUCUGCUAAUCUAGAUGCAGUUUGUAUUUCCAUUCAUGAAAAACGUUACAAACCCCUUGCCAUGUCUUUUGCAAAACCACAGAUCCCCAAAGGUCUUUCUUAAAUCGUCAUGCCAACAGAUUACAGGCAUUCUAGAAUAAGAAACACAAGGAUAUGCUGCAGUGUUAGACAAGAUCAAUUAGCUUUACUUUAUUUUGCAUUACCUUUCUGUUUUAAGAUAUAGAUAAACUUUUCUUGCCAAUACUGUCAACUUUGUAAAUAUGUAAAAUAGUUAUUGUACUUACUGUUGAAUUUAUGUACAAUAUUGAGAUUAACAUUUAAAGUUGGAUUGAAUAAAUAUUGAUAAUAAA